GUUUUAUUUUGUCAGCAGGAGUAAACAUUCAUGGAAGAAGAGAACCACACCUCUGUGACUGAGUUUGUCUUCCUGGGUCUGUCCCAGGAUCCACUGACACAAGUCCUGCUCUUCUUCCUCUUUCUGAUCAUCUACCUGCUGACUGUGCUGGGAAACCUGCUCAUCAUUGUGCUUAUUCACAUAGACUCCAGACUCCACACACCCAUGUACUUUUUCCUUAGGAACCUGUCCUUUGCUGGCCUCUGCUUUUCAACUACCACAGUUCCCCAGGUGCUAGUCCACUUCCUGGUAAAGAGGAAAACCAUUUCCUUUGUCGGAUGCUCGAUGCAGUUAGUUGUUUUGCUUCUGGUGGGGUGCACAGAGUGUGCACUGCUGGCAGUGAUGUCCUACGACCGCUAUGUGGCUGUCUGCAAGCCCUUGCACUACUCCACCAUCAUGACUCAUUGGGUCUGUGUCCAGCUGGCCAUCGGGUCCUGGGCCAGUGGGGCAGUGGUGUCCCUGGUGGACACCACAUUCACAUUGCGUCUACCCUACAAGGGAAACAACAUCAUUAACCAUUUCUUUUGUGAACCUUCUGCCCUCCUGAAGCUGGCUUCAUCAGACACCUACAGCACAGAAAUGGCCAUCUUUGCCAUGGGUGUGGUGAUCCUCCUAGCUCCUGUGUCCCUCAUCCUUGUCUCCUACUGGAAUAUCAUCUCCACUGUGAUCUGGAUGCAGUCUGGAGAGGGAAGGCUCAAGGCUUUCUCAACCUGUGGCUCCCAUCUCAUUGUUGUUGUGCUCUUCUACGGCUCAGCAAUCUUUGCUUACAUGAGACCGAACGCCAAGAAAAUGAGUGACGGGGAUAAAGUGAUCUCUGUGUUCUACUCUGCAGUGACUCCCAUGCUGAACCCCAUCAUUUAUAGUCUGAGGAACAAAGAUGUCAAGGGAGCUCUCAAGAGAAUAACAGCAAGAUAG